CCUGUCUGCGAGGCUGCGGGAAGGCGCGAGGAUCGGGGAGAAGUAGAAGAUGGCGGCGGGUGGGAUUCUUAUCGGUGAUAAGUUAUACUCCAGCAUCGCCCUCACUCUGGAAAACUGCCUCAUCUCGGAAGAAAAACUCUCUUUAACGGCCUCGGUGACGGAUGGGCUGGAUCCUGAGGUGGAAACCGACCUACGAAUAGUGGGAUGCGAGUUAAUCCAGGCCGCCGGCAUUUUGCUUAAACUACCUCAGGUGGCAAUGGCAACUGGGCAAGUUUUAUUUCAGCGGUUCUUCUAUUCAAAAUCUUUUGUGAAACAUUCCAUGGAGAUAUUAUCAAUGGCUUGCAUUCACUUGGCUUCAAAAAUUGAGGAAGACCCCCGGCGCAUUCGGGAUGUCAUCAAUGUAUUUCAUCAUUUACGAAAACUCAGGGAGAAAAAACCUCCUGUGCCACUUCCAUUGGACCAAAGUUAUGUCAACCUAAAGAACCAGGUCAUCAAGGCAGAAAGAAGAGUGCUAAAGGAGCUGGGAUUCUGUGUUCAUGUUAAACAUCCACAUAAGAUUAUCGUAAUGUACCUUCAGGUGUUAGAAUGUGAACGUAACCGGCCUCUGGUCCAGACUGCAUGGAAUUAUAUGAAUGACAGUCUGCGGACAGAUGUGUUUGUCCGAUACCAUCCAGAGACCAUUGCUUGCACGUGUAUCUACUUGGCUGCGAGGGCACUUGAGAUCCCACUUCCAAAUCGCCCCCAUUGGUUUUCAUUGUUUGGAACAAAUGAAGAAGAAAUUCGAGAAAUCUGUGUGAAAAUCUUAAAGCUCUACACCAGGAAAAAGGCAAAUCUGGAGCAUCUGGACAGUGAAGUUGAAAAGCGGAAAGUGGCCCUUCAAGAAGCAAAAGCAAAAGCAAAAGGCCUUCUGCCAGAUGGUGCUCCUGCACUAGAGGCACCAACUGGCUUCUCGCCAUCUUCAAAGCCAGAGUCUCCAAAGGACGGGAAGUUAGAGAAACCUUCACCACUGUCUAUUCAGGCAAUGAAAAAUGCUAGAAGAAAACUAGAUGAGGAGGAAAAGUGGCCUCGAUCUACUAGUCCAUUAAAUGGUGUUCAAAAGGGGAAGAGCAGCCGAAGUAGAAGCAGAAGCAAAGAGCGUAGUUACUCAAGAUCUCGCUCGAGGUCACAUUCCCCUAGGAGGCGAAGAACAAGAAGUCGCUCUGGAUCUAACAGUUCUCGAUCCCACAGCCAUUCAAGAAGCCGCAGUGAUUCCCCUCCACAACGACACAAACGAAACUCGCCUUGCAUUGGCAGGCAGAAGGCCAAGGAAUAUGACAAUAUGCGAGAAUACAAAUAUAAUUCCCACAAACGCAGGCGAUCACAUAGCAGGAGCUACAGCAAAAGUUUGUCGCGAUCCAGAAGCAGGUCGAGAGAGCGUUUGGAUUUUCCUCGGAAACACAAAGAAAGUAGAAGCCAUCACAGGGAGCGAAGGCAUGAUCAAUCCCGGUCCUAUGAAAGAUCCACAAAGCAUCACAACAGUCACUCCAGUCACAACAGACACAGGCGGUGACAAGCUCAGCCUGUGUAACAGUCAUUCUAGUCACAAUAGGAACAGGGGGUGAUGGACACAACCUGUAACUUUGUAGUUACUCUUGGAUUUAAAUGCAGUCUCUGAACUUUGUUGAAGAGAUUUGAAUGGUUUAGUUUGUAAAUUGCACUGCUAGUUUUUGAGUUUUCCCAUGGCAGAUGUAGUGGCCCUUGCUGAUGUGCUCGCUGAUUUUUGACAGCAUCUCACCCAGAGUUGGUAACUUUCAUACUAAAUUUUCUGAAACUUACGUGAUGUACAGGUUUACAGUCUUGCGUUAUUUCAAGGUUUAUUUAUUAUUAUUUGCAGCUGUUAAAUGUAAUUUUGAAAUCAUCUUGGAUUUCUGAGGUCAUGAAUGGGCAUGUAUGUGCAUGGUUUUGAAUUGGGAUGGAGUGGGGGGAGGGAGAAGAGAGUUCUGUGGCUCAUUGUUGGCACUUUAAGGGGUGCCCUAUCAGGUGCCAGUUUCAUGUUGCAGAACGUUUUAUUUAAAAUUCCCUUUGGAUGUGUGAUUGAAUACUUUCUGUUAUCUUGUACUGAGUCCCAUCUAUUUUGAUUGCUGUUACAUUUUUUUUUAAAAAUCCAUGGCUGCUUCUCAUUGCUGCUGCAUAUAUAAAUAUUUUUUAGUAGCCAUGCUGUUUAUAGUUGUAUAAAAUACCUUAAUAUUUUUCUUUGAGAAAUAAUGUAUCCAAGUAUGGUUACUUGUAAGUUGUAAAGAGAUUUUGUUUGAAGACUUUGGUUAUUCAUUGCUGAUAAUUGUCUAUUCAAGUGUAUAUGUUCAGUUAAUGAAAUAAGGUGCUGAACCAGGAAGUACUGUACAUAAACCUCAAUGUGGUUCAGUGAACAUACAUGUGCCUUGGAUAUGCAGGUUUAAUGAGUUAUGAUUGGGAUUUGAAUAUGCAUAUACUGUAAAUAAAUUUUUUAA